AAAUUAUAACUUUUAUUUUCUAAUAAUAUGGAAUUAGAGAAGGUUCCUGUUUCUACAGAAAAUAAUGAAUUUUCAUAUGUACCUACAAAUGGAUCACUUUAUCCACCUUCAGAAACUAUUUAUAUCCGUAACUUGUCAGAAAAAGUAAAAAUUGACGUUUUGAAAAAAUCUUUAGAGGCAGUUUUUUCAUCAUAUGGUACUAUUUUAGAUAUUGUUGCGCAUAAAAAUAUACGAAUGAAAGGACAAGCGUUUGUUGUAUUUGAUUCUAUUAGUUCUGCUCAGAAGGCAAUUGCUGAUGUUCAAGCAUUUAAACUUUUUGAUAAGCCUAUGGUUUUGCAGUUUAGUAAGACAAAAAGUGAUGCAACAGUUAAAAAGUUUGGAACUCUGGAAGAAUUUGAAGAACAUAAAAGACGAAGAAUAGAAAAAAAGGUGAACCGUAAAGUAAUUCAAGUAAAAGCGCCCCAGACUACUACUACAAAGAAAAAUGUUAGUAAAAAGGUUACUCAAAAACAACCUACAAUACCUGAUGAAUAUUUGCCUCCACAUAAAGUUCUUUUUCUUCAAAAGUUGCCCGAAAAUGUUACAGCAGAUGUUUUAUCUGCUGUAUUUGGACGUUUUUCUGGUUUUAAGGAAGUUCGUAUGGUUCCUGGAAGGGCUGGCAUUGCAUUUGUUGAAUAUGAGAGAGAUGAAGAUGCAAUUGUUGCUAAACAAGGAACUGUUGGUAUGUCUUUGAGUGGAUGUGUCAUCUCUGUCAAUUACGGACGUAAAUAAAUCUCAGAUUCUCAGAUUUUUAAAUUCUCUUUAUAUUUUUUUAUUACAAAAUCUAUUUAGAAGGAUUCAAUAUACUAUUAUAGUAUACAAUAUUUUCAAAAUUUUGUUGCAUUUUAUAACUAUUAUUCUUUAUAUAUACUUUAUAUAUUUUCAAAAAAACA